UUCAUUGUCGUCAUAGAGAGAGUGGGGGAGAGAGAAGAAACACUUUGCCCUCUCAUCUUUGAGCUCCAAUGGCGAUGAGUUGUAAGUUGAAGAAGGACGAGAUCCAGAGGCUGAAGAAGGAGAUCGAUUCGCUCCGGCGUCCAACGGUGGAGCUGCAUGAGUCAGAGACAAGCGCGGCACUGAAGAACCUCCUCGAAGAGAGAGAAAGAAUGGUGGCAUUCCUAGAGACGAGCACAGCACCACCACCAUCGCCACUAUUAUUCAAACCUUAACCCUCCUCACCCUCACCCUCAGCCCUCUUUGCUCGUCUUUUCCAGUGGGACUGCCUUCAAUGGCGUCGUCGAGGAGCUCAAGAAUUUCACCACCCGCGGCGCUCACGUUCUCCCCGUUUCCGACGAUGGAGGAAGCACUGGUGGUCCUGUUGUUGGAGACAUACGUUCCAGGUGCCUGAGGUUGUCUGUUCAGAGUACCGUUGAGGCUCUCGCAGUUCGAAAUUUGGUUGGGCAUCAUCUACCACUUGAUCCACUGCAAGCUAAAUCAGAAUGGUCCCCACGGGUCGGAAAUUCUUUGGUAAUUUAAUGGAUGCUGGAUUAUGUUCAGUCUGUGGUGAAGAAAGUUUUGGGACAGGUUCUGACCGUAUUCGUGAGAAAGAUGGAAUCUGGGAAGUUUUGGCCUGGCUAUCUAUACUUGCAUAUAAAAAUAAAGAUAAACUUGAAGACAAGCUUGUCACUGUUGAAGACAUAAUUCGCCAGCAUUGGACUACUUAUGGGCGCCAUUAUUAUACUCAAUAUGACUAUGAAAACGUGGAUGCAGGUGCAGCAAAGGAACUGAUGGCAUAUUUGGUCAAGCUGCAGUCCUCACUUUCAGAAGUCAAUCAGUAUGUUAAUUUUAGUACACUAACAAUAGAGAAAAAAGAACUAUUAUGUGAUGUAAGUCAUGAUAUUGAUAACCCAUUUUAUAAGAAAAAUUUUCGGCCCUAGCUAAGAGAUAUAACACAAAUUUGUUAUGGUAAUUACGUUAUGCUUGAUUGAAUUUGAUUAGUUUUAAAAUUUCACUACUAGUAAUUCAAAAUAAUCAGACUCAAGACAAAUUUGUUCAAUUUUUGUUAUUUUUUAGUCUUGCUAAUGUUUAUGAACAAAAUUAUUUGGUGAUCUUAAGGCUUGGUUUAGUUUUCCUCUGCUGCUCAUAACUUAAAUUAAGUCAUUACAAAUCAUUGUGCUAACUGAUUGAGAUUUCUGUGAAAAGGUAAGGAAUUUUAAACUUGCUGCCAAUUGAAUUUCAGCACAAGGUAGGAGUGUUUUUGCUUUGUACACACCCAGGAUUAACGGGAUCUUGCCUAAGGAGUGUGUUAGAUUUGGUACUUGGCAGUUUGGAUUAUCAGAUGCAAUUAUACAAAGAUACUAAUAUUAAUCUUACUUAGGGGGUUUACAAGUUUCAAAAUUUUCCUAGUUGUACCUUAUGGCAAUUAAUCUCACAUGACUAUUAAUUAUUAAUUGCCAUCUUACAUGGUUACAUUUUCAUGAUUGGUGUUAUGUAUCUUGAACUAUAUGCUUAUUAUUUUCUGUUGAUCCAUGUAUUUUGGUUUCUUGAGGAUUGAUUGGUAUGAUUGUAUACUUUUAUUUGUUGGUUUCACAUUCCUCAUUCAGUCUCCUGCAAUGGAAUUUAUUGGUAAGAAGAUCUUGAAAAGUUCUACAUAUAAAUCCUUCAUCCAGCACAAAAUCAUUGUUCGUGAACCUUGUUGAAUUUAUGUAGAUGGUUUCCAUAGUCAUCUUUGCCUAUUCAAAUCAUGGAAAUGAAUUUUGGUAUAGUGGUUUUUAAUGCAUACUUUCUUCUUUCUGCCUUCUUUAUUGGACAUGUUCAUUGAUUUU